CAUGAUCUUGCGUCGUUCUCGUUUUGAGAGAGUGUUCCGGACAAGAGAUUCAGGAAGCAACAGUGAAUUGAAAAAUACAAGAUAAAGAAUAUCUCUUUCUCCGAGGAAUCAAUUUAUUAAAAUGGCAAAGCACAUAUCAGAUCCUGCAGCUGGAUUCAGGCUCGAAGAUUUGAUAGGCGAAGAGGGGGUUACCUUUGAAAUUGGAGAGGAUUAUGUUGGAGAAGACAAUGACGACGAAGAAUUUUCAUUUUCUCCAUUCGUACAUUUCAGCAAUGAGGAGAUGUUAAACAUGUUAAACAUGAAUGGUUUCGAAGAUGAAAAUGAUGGAGAUGAUGAGAAAGGAUCCGUAUCCCUUUACGGUAUGAGCUUCGAAAAGUUAAAAGCAAAGAUGACAAGUUUGACCAUAGAUCAAAAAGUCAUGAAAUAUGUGAAGCAAAAAGGUGUUGGAGAAGUUGUUCCUGCUAAUGGUCAAAUUACCUUUCAUUACAUUGGAUAUUUUGAAGACAGAGAUGAACCUUUCGAUUCAACUUAUUCUUCUGGAAAACCAAGGACACUGCGUUUAGGCCAAGGAUACAUUAUACCUGGUUUAGAGAUCGGCAUCAGUACUAUGCAGAAGCAUGAAAUAGCAAUAUUUUUGAUACAUCCCGAUCUUGCUUAUAAAGCUUUUGGAUGUCCACCACGUAUUCCACCCAAUGAGGAAGUGGUAUUUGUAGUUCACUUAAUUGAUUACCUUGAUGAUGGUUCUGCAGAUACUUAUCAAAAUCUUCAAACAGAAGAAAAGCAGUCUUUUAGACAUAUAAAAGAGCCAAUGUUACAUAUGUUUGUGGCUGCUAAGGAUACUUGUAGAAAGCUUAAUUUCAAACGGGCAAUACGAGAAUAUAAAAGAAUUAUUGACUGCUUAGAAAAUGUACAAUUGAAAGAUAAUUCAGAAGAAGAAGAAAUGAAUGAAUUACUUUCAAGAGCUUAUAGCAAUCUUGGAAUAUGCUAUAACAAAAUAGAUUUACCUCGUCUUGCCUGUAUGGCUUGUGGACGAGUACCAAUACCAACAGCUAAAAGCCAUUACAAUUUUGGAAAAGCUUUAUUGAAUCUUGGAGAAUAUGAUGAAGCAAUGAAGAAAUUGCGAAAAGCUUAUACAUUGGAACCAAGUAAUGAAGAAAUUGGAAAAGUAAUUCAGCAAACAAAUGUGAAACAGCGUCAAUAUUUGGAAAUUGAGAAAAAAUUAUGGAAAAAUUGUUUCAAGCCUGGAGAAAAACAAAAAAUUAACGAAUUUCGAAAUGUCAUGCGUGAUUUUUGCGAAACCAUUAUCAGUGAUAGUACUGUAUCAAGACUUUCUCUUCCUGAAGGUCUUACAGAAGAAGAACUUCAACUUGUACGUGAAGAAGCUGCUGCAUUAGGAUUGAAUGUUAUUACAAAUAUAAGAUAUGGCAAAGAAAUCGUCUAUCUUCAAAAGAGCAAAGUAUAAAAUUAACUUCUUGUUUAUUAAAUUGCAACUAUAAAAUUCUUAACAAUCCUUAACAAUACUU